AUGGUUGAAAGUCAAUCAGACUUCCUGAGGCCAACUUUAUUUCAGCAAAAGUUUGAAAAUUCAUUUAAUAAAUGGGAAAGGCUUAUCGCUCUUGGAGAUACUUUCUCAGCUAGAUCUGGUCACACUAGUAUCUUAGAUGAAACUAACAAGAAAAUUUAUGUAUUUGGCGGGUAUAAUGGGUCUGACAUGUUGAAUGAUGUAUUCAUCUUCGACAUUGAAUAGUCAUCAUGGACUGAAGUUUAAUACACUGAGGAAGAUUUAAUUACCCAUCCUAGAGCUAGAUCAUCUCAUGCUUGCUGUCUUGAUACUGAUUAUAAGGAUAGAUUUUAUAUGUAUGGAGGUACUGGUAAGAAUUUAGGUCAAGAAAACUUUAAUGAUUUGUGGGUGUUUGAAAUUAGGACGCUGAAAUUUCGAGAAAUUAAUCAAUCAAAGAUUAAUAAACCCUCUGGUUCUUAUGGACAUUCUCUUAAUUAUUUCGAAAAUGCUCUCUAUCUUUUUGGUGGAACUAAUGGAUUUGAUUAUUAUAAGAACUUGCUGAGAUUUGAUCUACUGUAGUUUUAAUGGUAAAAGAUUUAAGUAACUGGUCUUGAGCCUGAACCUCGAUAUAAGCACUGUGCCUUAAUCUAAGAAAAGUAAAAUAAACUUAUUAUACUAGGUGGAAUUAAUCAAGCUAAAAGACUAGGCAACAUUUUAGAGUUUUCCUUUGACAAGCUUUAAUGGACUCUAUAACCUCUAAAUAAAAAUAAGCAGUUCUUUAAGGGUAGGUAUGGCCACAGCACUAACAUUGUCACUGGAGAUUUAAUGGAUAAGCCUUACCUGCUAAUUUUCGGAGGCUCUGAAGAUAAGCAAAAAGAUGACUUGAUUGUUUAUGAACUUAAAAGUGGUAAUUUUAAUAAGUAAGCAAUCCUGGACGAGGAAAGUGCACCAACAUCUAGAGACUUUCAUAGUUCAGUACUCUUUGAUAAUUAACUCUAUAUAAUUGGGGGGAGUUUGUUGCUCUAUUGUGAUGAGUAGAAAAUCUUUCAUGAUUUGACAAUUAUUGUAUAUGAUGAAACUCAAAGUAAAAUAAUUGGUAACUUGUAUUCAAAUCACGCUCUAAUCAAAAUCAAAGCUCCUUCUCUCUCAAGAAAAUGUACAUAACUAGAUAUUGGUAUCAUUAGCCAGCAUUUCAAAUCUCUUCAAGAUUUACUUAAAUCAGACUAGUCUGAAAAGGGCAAAGAGCUAAAUCAAAUCGCUUAGAACCUAUAUAGAACAUUGAAUGAGAUCAGCGAUUUAAAGUUGAAAAACCAGUCUAAAUAAUUAAAGGCGAAGGGCAAAUCACCUUAUGGACAAGUAGUAUAGAAUCUUCCAAAGGUAACUUUAGAAGAAUAAAUACAAGUUAACUCUAAUCUAUUCACUGUCAAUCCGCAACAAAAAGAAGAAGAAUUCACCAACUAAAUGAUAAGACUUUAUAAUGAUUCAACUUCAUAUGACUUUACCUUGCAAUCAAUAGACAAUGAGACAGUUUAGAUUCGUGUUCAUCUCUUCGUAUUAGUAGCGAGAUGUGACUAUUUCAAAGGCUUGAUUGAUUCUGGAAUGCUGGAGACUUAAAACUUCACAUCUAAAUUUAGUUUGAAACCAGGGAUAAAUUUCGACAUAUUUAAGCUGUUUUUAAAGUUCAUUUACUUCGAUAGAGAUGCGUUUCCAACAACGAAAUAAUCAUCUAUACAAUCUCAAGCUCUUCUAACCCUAGAUGAAACUCUUUAUCUUCUUGAUUUAAAUAGCUUCUACUGCCUCAGUAAUGAUAGAUUCAAACUACUAUGUGAAUAGAGAUUGAGUGGAUCUAUUGAUAAAUAUAACAUUAUGUAAAUUCUAGAUAUGGCUGAAAAAUUGAAUGCCAAAAAGAUUAAGGACAUUGCAAUUGACUAUAUAAGUUCAAAUUUUGAUAUUUUUUCAACAGAUGCAAUGGCUAAUCAGCUUUAUUAACUUGAAAAAGAGCUUUUGAUUGAGAUUAUUAAGGCUAAAGCAGAAAAAGAAUAUAAUUAAAAAUGA